AUGUGGGCAUCCUUAAUUCUCUUGUUGGUCCUAUUCGAAGGAAUUUCUUGCCAAUCAGUUCCGGGAACACUGAUAAACAGGAAAGAGGUGAUCACAGAAGAACAUGGUGUUGUGGCGGCAGAUGAUGGUCGUUGUUCCCAAAUUGGCAGCACAAUUCUUCAAAGAGGGGGCCAUGCAGUUGAUGCAUCAAUUGCCGCUGCAUUCUGUCUCGGUGUUGUUAGCCCGGCAUCAAGUGGAAUCGGUGCGGGUGGUUUGAUGUUGAUUCGAUCUGCAAAUGGGCUUGUGGAAGCCUAUGACAUGCGAGAAACUGCUCCAGCAGCAGCUUCAAGGGAUAUGUAUGCCAAUGAUCCCUCCGCAAAAGAACAGGGAGGACUAGCUGUAGGAGUUCCUGGACAAGUAUUAGGUCUCUACCAGGUGUGGCAGAAAUAUGGCAAGCUCCCAUGGAAGGAACUUGUGGAACCUGCAAUUGCACUAGCAGGAUUGGGAUUUAAGAUAUCUCCUUAUCUAUAUUAUCAAAUGACACAAACAGAGGCAGCAAUACGACAAGAUGAGGGUCUAAGAGAGAAAUUCAUGGAAUAUGGGGAACUCUUGAAGAUUGGAGACAUUGUUCGUGAUGUUAAACUUGCGAGAACAUUGACGGAAAUUGCAAUUCAUGGACCAUCGGUGUUUUAUGAUGGUCCAGAAGCCAAUUUUUGCAAAGGUCAUGAACCAUGA